UGCAUGGCUAAAAUGCAUCUCUGGAUUUUGAGUACAUUUUUAAGUUUUCAACUAUUUUCUACAAUAUUUGGAUCGAAUAUUAAUGAAAUAGAUAGCAUUAUUGCAGAAAUUGAAUCUUCAAAUAAGAAUGAAAAUAAAAACGAAAAGAGCUGUGUCGUACCGCACAGAAACAUGGACUGUGACGAGGAUAUUGUGGACAAGACUGUGCCAGAUGGAACACUUUGUUUCUUUGUUACUGGGGAAGGUUUAGACGUGUAUUGUGUAGAAGGAGAGUGGAAAGAGGUUCCAGCAAAUUCACUGCUUAGUUCAGAGAGAGAAAAACGAACACACUCGGUAUGUUAUACCCGUCGAUCCAGAAGCCGAAGAGGCUGGAGAAGACGUAGAAGUAGACGCGCUCGUACAAGUUGUUACAAACCCAACCACGCUCCAUACUUUACGAACUGUCAAUAUUCCCUGUCAUUCACCACUCCGUCAAAGCAGACAUCUAUGAAGGUAACUUGGACGGUACCCUAUGCUACAGAUAUAGAAGAUGGUGCACGAAGUGUAAAACAAACAGACGGCCCAGUAAAUGGCGCGCAGCUUCAAGGCUCACCAGAAGGCAAAGUUUACAAUGUUUAUUACGUUAGCGGAAAAGACUCCCGCGGCUUAAGUGCACAGUGUAAACUACGGAUAUCCGUUAAAGUGGUAUUUUGCUCAACUCCUUCUGCGCCAUCGUUCGGAAAAGUCGACUGUUCGGGAACCAACUAUGGUCACUCAUGCAUUUUUACCUGCGCGUACGGAUACGCACCGACAGUACCUAGCAUUCAGUGCCAGUCAAACGGACAGUGGACAAAUGGAGGGACAUCCGAAUGUAAAGGCGUCAUUUGCCCUCAGACGACCCCUAGCAUACCACACGGAUCUUACAGCUGCAGUCACUACACGUAUGGUGCAUCGUGUUAUCCUGUUUGUGAUCCAGGUUAUUCUGUGUCUCUACUGUAUCCUAUAACAUGCAAAAGUGAUAGUCAAUGGUCCAUACCAAUUACAGAAGUUUGUAAAGAUUCAGAGCCUCCUGUUCUGUCCAGAUGUCCUUCCGACAUUGUAGUGACAGCCGACAAAGGUAUGACAUCUGCAGCGGUCACAUGGGACUUGCCGCUAGCCUCCGAUAAUCAAGAUAACACUAGUCCAAAAGUGGAGCAAACUGCUGGAUCCAUUUCUCCAGGUUCCCGUGUAGAUAACGGCAUUGUUCACACAGUGAAAUAUGUCGCCUACGAUAACGCCGGAAACCCUUCGGAAGAAUGUUCAUUUAACGUGCAAGUUAAAGUGAGUAGAUGUUUGUCAACUUCUGCACCACAAAACGGCCAGUACCAGUGUGACAAAGGUUUUAUAUAUGGUAGUCAAUGCUCAUUUUCAUGUAACCAAGGACACCUGUUACAGGGAUUUUCAGUAUUAUCAUGCAGGCAGGACGGCACAUGGGACCUAACACCACCGAUUUGCGAAGUUCUAAAAUGUUUGCAGCCAGAUCACUACGGAAUAAUGAUUCAAAAUGGUUAUUUCGAUUGCCCCCCGCUGAUUCCGUAUUUGUCAGUUUGUCACCCAGUGUGUAACAGUGGAUUUGAAAUAAAACAGUACUCGGCGGCGUUGUGCACGGCUGACGCAGAUAACAACGCUACUUUUGUUGUAAGCGUCCAACCUGAGUGUUUAGACAGCGAACCACCUAUAUUUGUUGACUGUGGGGGAAUAAAAGUUCUAAAGUUUUCGGCAGAGAAAGGAAAGACCACUGCAAUUGUCCAUUACGAUAACCCGAAAGCUGUAGAUAACUAUGAUUCUACACCUGUUGUCAGAAAAAUUUCAGGACCAAAUAGUGGACAUACUGUAGAUGCAAAAGAUAUAGAAUAUGUUGAAUUCCAAGCCACGGAUGAUGCAGGAAAUCCCUCUGCCCGUUGUACAUACGUACUUAAAGUUGAUGUAUUAGAAUGCAAUGCCUACGUUCCACCAUCUGACGGGGAAGUUACGUGUACAGCAGACUAUAUAUAUGGCAGUGUAUGCAACUUGGGUUGUUUAGAAGGGUAUGAGAACCUUGGACCUUUAUCUGCUGAAUGUCUAGGAAAUGGUUCGUGGACUGUCACUAACUUUGAAUGUACAAAGAUAAUUUGUCCGUCCUCACCGGUUGCUCCAGAAAAUGGAAGAUACAUAUGUCCUUCGAUAACGUACCCUUAUAACACCAUCUGUUACGCAGACUGUGACGAAGGAUUUUCUCUGUCAGAAUGGUCAUACGCACGAUGUAAAGCAGACAAAUCCUGGGAAACAUCUUCAAUUCCUGUUUGCAUAGAUUCAGAACCACCGGUAUUUACUGACUGUAACUCUGAGGUAACAAUAAAAGCGGAAAGGGGUCUCGAGAGAGCUGCUGUAAACUGGACAGUACCAUCAGCAACCGAUAACGUUGAUAGUAUUCCAAUGAUAACAAAGAUAUCUGGACCAGAACCCGGUGACCGCAUAGAAGGCGAAGCAACAGUGAAGUACCAGGCCACAGAUCAAGCGGGCAAUCCUUCUGAAAUAUGCACGAUACAUAUCACCGUUGAAGUUACACGAUGUUCCUCGCCGCACUGGCCAGAGGAAGGCAGUAUUACAUGUGACCUCGGAGAUAUCUAUGGCAGCGAAUGUACUUACACUUGUGAUGAAGGUUAUAAUGUAUCGCUACCAUCAACUGCCGUUUGUGGCGAAGAUGGCUCUUGGUCGUAUGGUAACCAGCCACCAACGUGUUCUCCCAUAACGUGUGGUCACCCUGAAAGCGUACCGUAUGGGAAAUUUGUAUGCUUUGACUUUUCAUACCAGUACCAAAGCUUAUGUGUACUAGAAUGUUUGAGCGGAUACUCCACCGACAAAUCUGUUUAUGCGAGAUGUCAGAGCACAGGUGAAUGGGCUGUUUCAGCGAGCAACAAUUGCAAGGAUAUCACACCCCCAACUAUAUUGAACUGCAAGACGUAUCAAACAUUUUACGCUGAUCGAGGUUUGGAUACUGCUCAAGUCACGUGGGUUGUUCCAACUGCAAAUGACAACGCAGACAGCCGGGAUGAUAUCACUAUAGAACAGUUGUCAGGUCCUCCUGCUGGUUCGAAUAUAAGUAUCGGGACAACGGUGGUUGACUAUAGGGCAGUGGAUACAGCAGGCAAUCCGUCAAUUGUCACAUGCUCAAUAACCAUCAAUGUAGAAGCUGUUUAUUGUAACCAACCAAAGUAUUCUUUCGAUGACACAAGGCUAGAAUUUCUUUGUACAUCAUAUAAAUGGGGUGACACAUGCAUUCCGUCUUGUCCUCGGCAAGCUUCUCUAACGUUGAAAGGUCCUAAUAAAAUUAUGUGUGAAGUUACGUUCUCUGGUACUUCACCAUCAACAAGUUGGAAGUUUGAGGGAACAGUUCAGCCAUACUGUGAAGCCGAGGUCUGUCCGAAGAACCUUAGUAAACCACAAAAUGGCGCACUUGCGUACACAAAUGACGGCCAACCAAUUGUUUACGUGUUAUGUAAUGAGGGUUUUGACUUGUCCUAUCAAUUCAAUGGACAGAUUUUCUGUCUUUCAUCGGGAUUAUGGAAUCCCGACACAGUCCCGGAUUGCACGAGAACUCGUCGACCUGGGCUUAAUCUACUUCCGGUGGAGUACUAUUACUAUGGGGACUGUAGUUCCCUGUCUACUAUAGAGGCAAUUAAAAAUCAAAUCUUGGUACUUCUUCAAGAUUUUAUUGGAACUGCCGUAGCACCAGCUUGCCUUACUGAUUCUGAAUGCGGAUAUGAUGACCUAACUGUGGAAUGUGGUGUCACUCGAAAGAAAAAGGAUAUAUACGAAAACCGAAAAAAAAGACAAGCGUCUUCCGUGCAUGUCAAAUUUUCACUGACUGUCAACGGAAGUGUUUCAAACUGGGAUGAACUUUUAAUGUUUGAAGAGAAUCUUUUUCAGAUUUCUGAUAUUUUUAAAUCUGCUGUCACUGUUGACGGUACAUUUAACUUAAAUGGGUAUGAGGUCGUUCCUGAUUCAUUUACAAGAGCGGAAUACUCCGAAAAUAAGUGUCAGGGAAGGGGUCAGGUGAAAGACGGUUUUAAAUGUAAAUCGUGUGCUGCGGGCAUGUACCUCGCCGAAAUCUACGAAGCAAAAAGCUGUUUGGAGUGUCCCGUCGGCACAUAUAUGGACUCUGAUAGUGCCACUACAUGUAUAAGUUGCCCAGACGGAACAAGUACAAAUGCGACAGGUGCUAAAUCUGCCGACAUGUGUGUUGAACUUUGUCCAGUAGGCUAUUCAUCAUUGACGGCUGUUCAGCCAUGUUCUCCAUGCCCCAUCGGUUACUAUCAGGAUCGUAUUGGACAGACUGCGUGUCGGAGAUGCGAAUUCGGAAAAACUACGUUUGGAAUAGGAUCACAAAAUUGCUCGCAUUAUGACAUUAUAUUGAACGAGCAGAAUUCACAGAAAAUUGCUGUUCAGUUGAACACAAGUACAGUCUUUGACAAGAUAAGUUUUCUGCUAUGGAUCUUUAGAAGCAAUGGGUCUCAAUUUGGUAUACGUUUAGAGAGCGGUUUCUUUAUAUCUGUUUUGGAAGAUGCGCUUAUUACUUCCUGGGAUGGAAAUUCUAUGAACGUAUCUUUACCGUAUUCUUCCUUGCACAAGUGGACCCAUCUAGCUGUGACACUGACAAGCACAAAUUAUAGUAUUUAUUACAAUGGCGAAGUUCUGAUUACCCAGCAAAAUGUUUCAUCAGUAUUAGUACUAGCAAACAAAACUGUUAAAUUGAACUUCAGUGGCGAAACUGAUAUCCGCCUGACUUCGCUGGCACUGUACAAUCAUAGCCUUUCCGCUGAUGAAAUAUCAAGUCACCGCACGUCCUGUACAUAUGACAUAUCAGCAACCGUGUUUUCCACUGAUGAUUUUGUUAAUGGAAAUGGAAUUUUUACUGAACCGUCUUCAUGCACAGCGAUUGACUACUGCGCUGAUGAGCCUUGUGGCUCACACAUGUGUACUCCAACGUUGUCGGGCUUCUUUUGCACUUGCACUGGAGGAUUCAAGGGACCAAUCUGUGAAAUCGCACCUGACAAUUGUAAUCAGAAUGAAUGCCAGUAUGGAGCAACGUGUGUCAGUAGCAGCAAGAAUUACACCUGUAUAUGCCCACCUGGCUUUCGAGGUCAUUUCUGUCAAAAUCUUCCAAAAAAUGGUGGUUGGAGUUCUUGGUCAAGCUGGGGAGUGUGCGACGUAAAUUGCGACGGAGGCGUCAAAAAGAGGACAAGGGCCUGUGAUAACCCGACUCCGGGACAGUACGGAACACAGUGUGUUGGAGACAUGUCAGAAGAAUUAGAAUGCAACUUAGAACCAUGCAACGCAACUAAUCCAUGCUUAGUCAAUCCAUGCGGCGAACACAGGUGUUUGGAGACCUCGAAUGGUUUCAUUUGUAAAUGUAACUCUGGUUAUACUGGAGUUCUAUGCCAAUUUCAAGUCGACCACUGCACACCAAACCCGUGCCAUAACGAAGGCUCAUGUGAAAAUGGUGUGGACAACUUUACGUGUAUUUGUCCUGAGAAAUUCGGCGGACAUCUGUGCGAGGAAGCCAAGGACGGACCGACCUACUGGACAUCAUGGUCGCAGUGUACGGUGACCUGCAAUGGUGGCAUUUCUAACAGGACACGUGUCUGUGCCCAGAAUCAAACUUGUUCUAACCAGAUCGAAUCAAGACUAUGCAAUAACGUCUCUUGCGUAGUUGACAAUUGUCAGACAAAACCCUGUGGAACCAAUCAAUGUAUAUCAAGUGCAGAGGGUUUUACUUGUAUCUGCAGUACUGGAUUUACUGGUAGUACAUGUAAUACGCCCAUAGAUUUUUGUGAACAGAACAAUUGUGAGAACGGGCAAUGCAACAAUACAGUGUCAGGAUAUACAUGUUUCUGUGAUGAAGGAUACAGUGGGGACCUCUGUAAUAUUCCUCUGCACCAUGGUCAAUGGGGUAUGUGGACAGAGUGGGGUGACUGUAGUAUAACAUGUGGAUCUGGAGAGAGAAAGAGAAACAGAACAUGUGAUAAUCCACCACCAUCGCCUGGCGGUAAACCUUGUGAUGGGAAUAGUGAGGAACAGAAGAUAUGCACUCCAGAAUGUUAUGACGCAUGUUUGUCUAAUCCAUGUGGUAUAAAACACGGAUGUACAACUGAUGGUACAGGGUAUAAAUGCAGUUGUAAGGAUGGUUACAGUGGUUCUCAUUGUACUAUACCACCGGACAAUUGCCUUCCAAACCCAUGUGAAAACUCUGCAGAAUGUAUCAGCAUGGAAAAUGGAUUCACCUGUUCUUGUGCAAAUGGCUACAGUGGUACUACUUGUGGAAUCGAACCAGACGAAAGUGUUUGGGGAGCAUGGACCAGAUGGGACACAUGUAGCGCGUCCUGUGGUGGAGGGAAACAAACCCGACACAGAGAUUGUAAGCUAGGAAGCAAGGGGAAAAACUGUCCUGGAACGAAAACAGAAAAUAGGACGUGCGAGGAAGAUUCAUGUCUUGCUUGUCCGAUAUUAAGUAAGCAUUACGGAAUGAAAACAAGAUGCAACUCUACUGAUGAUGUGACUACUUGUAUACUGACAUGUGUUCCUGGAUUCUACCCACCUAACAGUACAUAUAGCGUAGACAGCUGGGCCGUUAUCUAUCAGUGCGGUCCGUUCUCUAGCUACAAAUGGAACAUUACUGACGAAAAACCGUCCUGUUCAAAAGGAACAGGUCGCCCCUCACAUGUUAAAGCACAAGCAAUAAUGCCUAUUGUACCGGAAAUCUCUUGCGGCAAGGCUUCUGAUCUGGAAAUUAAUCUGAGAAGAUUCGUGUCCAAUUUUGUAUGUAAAAAUGGAACAAACUGUUUAGUUUCCGCGUCUGUGACUAAGUGUCAGAAUAGAAAAAGGCGCCAAAUUGAAGAAGAAAAGAAGAGCGAGAUUACUUUCACAUUUACGUUUGACUUCGGAAACGAUACCGAAACUGAUAAUAACGACACGACUGAAUACUGGGACACUGUUGAAGAGGCUCUAUCGCCAAUUACAACAAAUGGUGGAGACUGGUUAUCAGUGGAGUUAGAUGGUGUUAGAUAUGUAGCUGAUUCUACAAAUGUUUCUAAAGAAUCAAGUGUGGAGUGCAGUAAUGGAUACUUUCUUCAAGACGAGUAUGACAUGUGCGUUGGCUGUUCUCCGGGAACGAUGUACGAAUCCGGACUUGGUUAUUGUGUAUCGUGUCCGCUAGGAACGUAUCAACAACUGUCAGCACAGUACAGCUGUAUACCUUGUCCUGAUGGAUACACAACAAAUAUCACUGGCAGCUACGACCAGUAUGACUGCUACUAUUUGGAAGAAGUGGAUGAAGCUAUCAAAGAUGACAGCGAUAAGUCGAUGGGUUUUAUAAUUGGUGCAGCAGUGGGAGGGUCUACAUGUGCCGCAUUUAUUGCUGUCUUAGUAGUAGCAGUGGUUGUUAAAACAAAAAGAGCACGUAUGAAGAGAAGAAUAGAUGUGUCAGCUGUCGAUCGCAGUGAAGAGGAGUUUGAAAAAAACAACAGAAAGAUGUUAGAACGACAGAAGACCUCCGGCAGUAUUCGUAGUGCAUCAAACAUACCCAUGACAUAUGAGAAUCUUGAUUAGAUAUCAAAUAAAAGCAAAAUAAUAGAGACAAAUAUACAUUUUGUGUCUCUAACACCUUGACAUGAAACCAAUACUUAGCUCACACAGCCAAUAAUCUUAAUACGUAUAUAUUUAUAUAUUGCUUUUGUGAAAGAACAUAUGCUUUUUUAAAACCAUUAAAUGGAUACGUUGUUAAUUAGAUUUCCUAAAAUGUUUUUUAUUUGACUAAGUUGUCCCGAACCGUUUUGCUUAGGUAGCCAAAUGCUGUUAAAUUGAUAAUGCCAAUACUUGAUGUAUGUCUUCUGAGUAAUAACCGGGUGUUUGCUUGUUCUUCUUUGGGUGCAGAAUAUUUAGUGAGUUUAUAGUUUGCCAAUUGUGUUUCCGGGCCCACUACCUUAACAACAUUUCACAUCCUCAACUUUACUUAAUUUGGCUGUUGUUUCUUUCUUUUGUGAAAUAUGAUGUCUAGUCUUAGAUAAUUUGCUAGUGUUGGGGUGAUGGAUCCGAAAUCAAACUGGGUUACAAUCGAGUGUUUGCUUAUUUUUCUCGGGUUUUUAGAUUAUUUAGAGGGUUUAAAGUUUACCAAUUGUGAUUCCGGGUCCACUACCGUAAUAAAAUUUCUCAUCCUCCUUGUACACAGUUCACAAUAAUGACAUCUUGUUUCAUAUGCUAUGUUGUAUGUUACAUUGUUUGUAAUGUUUAUGUCAGAUGCCCAUAAGGGCCUUGACUUUUGAAUAAACUAAACUAAACCUUAAAAUUAAAUCGCGAUUAUUAUAGGUAUUUGAAAAUACAAAAAAUUGCAUAUAAUUGCAAAAUGUAAAACUGUUAUAAGGUCUCAAGUAAGUAGUUUUUAUUCAAUAGUAAAGAUGGAGUAAUGUUUUUAAAUCAAUUCAAAACACGUGUUGUAAAAUUCUCAGCAUUUAAGCCGUGUUUAAAGUAUAUGAAGAUAUUUCCAUGGAAAAUAAUCUACAAAAAUCAUGAAUACUAUUGUGUAGCUUUUAAAUGCAAUUCUAAAUCAGGACGCUUUCAGUGGCCUCUAGACAUAAAAACCUUUCAAUGAUUUCUUAUCAGAAACCACUUGAUAGAUAUUUAUCAAGCUUGGUCUGUGGAAUUAUUAUAAGGUCCUCUCUAGUACUGAAUAUCCCAUUUAGAACCAUAACAGGUAAAAAAAGAACUACUUUUAAACGACCUUUCCUCAUUAGCCGCUUGACUGAUCUCCUUUAAACUUACCAAUUUUAGUUUAAAUGGGAGCUGUCCGGCUUCAUUUAGGAACCAUUAGAAUUAAAAGAGAAAUACUUUUAAAUGGCUUCUUGUCGUGAACAGUUUGAUUGAUCUUCAUUAAAUUAGAUUUGUAGCUUUAUUGCGAAGUCGUCUCUAAUGUUUUAGAUAUGGGGAAGUUCGAGUCCUUUUAGUACCUGCUAGAGCUGAAUAGAGAAAUAUUUCUAAAAACCUUCUUUUCAUGAACUGCUUGAUUGAUUUUCAUCAAACAUAGCCUUAAGCAUCAUCGUAAGGACCUAUUCCAAUCUGGUUUAAUUGAAAACGCUUAGCUAUAAAAGAAAUACAAGUUAACAUCGUCUUUACAUAAACUGAUUGAUGACCUGGUGGUUUGAAGAUGAGGCCGCUGGGGAAACAACAAAAAUGCGUUAUAAUAAGGUCAUCAAUCUUAUUUAUUCAAAUGCAGGCGUUUAUCCUCUUUAAGGAUCCGCAGGAGCUAAAAACAGAAUUAUUUUUCAAUAACAUUUUAUAAGACCCCUUUAUUGAGCUUCACGCCAUUAAGGUGCUCUCCCAAGUUUGUUAAAAUGGUGUCAUUGGCUCCUUUUAAGAUCGCUAAAGCUGAAAAAUAGAAAAAAAAAUCUUUAAAUGAAUUCAUCCUAUAAAAACUUUGGUCUAAAGCAUUUUUGUAAGAUCCUCUUCCAGUUUGUGACACUAAGUGACGGGGCCGUGGCUGGCUUCCAAAAAAUGGUCCAGCUACAGGCACCCAAGGCAGGGGAGGGGGACAGCACGAGGGUGAAGGGGAUCUACCCUUCUUUUAAGGGGGUGUGGGGUCUCCCUAGAGAAUAUUUUCAGAUUUUGGAUGCCAGUAAGUGUGUUUUCCUUGCAUCUUGAAAGCAUUUUCGGUUAAAAUUUUCGGUCAAUUUUCAUUACAUUUUUAAGGUGACUAUCUGGAAAGAUUGCCAAUAUUUAGCAGAUUAAUUGCUAUAAAUGUUGAUGUAUUUCAGUAUCUGAGUGUCAGCCAAGAGAUAGAAAAACAAUUAUUUCGACCCCUCUGUGAGUAUAUACAGACGGUGAUGUCAAACGUAAUGAAACAAUCAAGUCUGAUUCAGAUAUCCCCGCUACAGAUUUUGUUUUCAUUAUCUCAGCUACGUUACUAUAUAUACCAUAAUUACAACUAGUUUUGAUGUAUGAUGAUGAUGAUGCAUUGAAUACCAUUUGUCUUUAAAUGUAUUUUUUUAUAAAAAAGAAGAAGAAAACGAAGAAAGGAAAGAGGUGAAAUAAAAGAAAGAAACAAAAAAAAUGAAAUAAAAAGCAACAACAACAAAAAGAGAAAAACAAUUAAAGCAAGGAUAUCUGUACUAGUUGUAUGUUAUAUAUAGCAACGUAGCUCAGAGCCGCUGAAUAUUACAUUUGCUGGAGGUCGUAGUCACUAUUUAAAACUUGAAGCAAUAAGUUAAGAUAAAAAUUCAUUAGAUAAUCAUUUAAUUACGAUUAAUCCAAUCAGUUAGGAUUGCCACGUUUGAUACGGAUUGUGCUGGUUGUUUUCACACCCGCGGGAUAAUUGCAUUUACAAACUAAUAUUUCGGCACUUUUAAUUAGAGUCAAAGAUGAAAUUUCAUGUGAAAAUACUGGUACGGUCGAUUAUGACCGAUAUUAUACUCAGUCAAAAACGUAGUCCGUCUAUGGCCGUUUCCGGCCAGACCGUCAGCGACGGCCUUGAGUGGUCUCUUUUAAGGGCCACUGGUUUAUACUUAACAUCCUUGUUGACAUUUAAGACCCAUAGUAUCAUACAAAAUUUUAAGUUGAAAUGGUCAAUGUCAGACGGGUGACAUAGGGUCAAUAUUACCCUCUUGUUUCAUGUUUUCCGUUAUUUAUUAAAAAGUCAUGGCGAAAUAUAUUUAUAUCCCUACAAAAUGCGGAGUUGCACACUCAUAUAUAUAUUCAAAGCAAUUACGUCUUCUUGAUUUUCUUUUCAUGAAAUAAGUUUUUGUAAAAGUUUCUCUGGAGACAUUAAACUAGACAAGUAGUGUUUUCAUAAUCUAAGUAAGUUACUCGUGUUUAAAUGAAUUAAAGCAAUAAAAUACUUAUAUACUAGAUAUAUUUACUAUCAAUUGUUUUUCCUGUAUGUCUUCUUAGUCAUAUAUACGUUUUGUGUAUGGAUAUUUAUACAAGAAUAUUAUUAAA